CAGGAAAACUUCAGCUACAUGUAAUGGGCGGUGCUAGCUAGCCACAUUGUGUACAGGAGGAAGAUAGCAGGUCAGCUUCUGGAGUCAGGGGCUAGUGCUAUUGAAAUGCUUAUCUCUGUAGAUGUAGAAAAGCCUGGGUCUGGGGUGGAAAGCAGGGACAGGAACCAUUGUGCUGUGUCUUUAAGCACACUGUAACCUUAAAGGAGGUGCUCUUGUUACUCAGUCCUCACUAGCCAAUUAGUGCCUCUGUUCUGACCUACCAGUCAAACGUGUUGCAGGGUUCUUCCUGGGGCCAGGAUGUAGGCUUGGCUAUGUAUCAGAGUGGGCUCCUGUGGUUUUGUGUACUGUUCUGACUACUGCUGCAGGGAGCUGAGUGGGGAGCAUAGACAAUCUGCAAAGCUUUGACAUGGUGAGCAAGAGGUUGUCCCCAGAUGGGGAGGAGUGGAUGUGAGCCUAGGGAGCCAGUGUGGUGGUUCUCCCUGGCAUUUGUUAGGAACCUGCUGCCAGAUUCAGUGUCCUGUGAAGUCCCAUGUGGUCCUUGAAACUCCCAGGCCCCAGAUGCCUACCUCUGAAAAACCUCACUUCUUGAUCUGCCUCUGUGCAGAGCAUUGGGAACAGGGAGCUGUGUGUAGAAAUAUCUUUUGAGUCUAGGUCAACAAGCUUUGGUAUAUCCAUGGAAGCAAGUCACUAAAUUCAGAGAUAUCUAGUUUCUCUAGUAUCUUCUAGAAGUUCUACACUUUAUAUUUAACAUUUGGGUGAGAGGUGCAUUUGUAUUUGAUUUUGUGGAUGUUGUAAAUGGCAUCUCUUACGUUGAGUAGCACUCCGCUACUUAACUCUGACUAGAAGAGUAGAAUUGUUGAUAUAAAGGAUUUAAUAAUGCUUAGGAAAUAGUAAAUCAGAAUGUAGAAUUUAGCUAAGGGAGGGUUGCCUCUAUAACAUUCCAAGUAUAAGUAUAUGCCUCCAGGCCUGUUAAUUACUAGGAUGCUAGGAUACACAUUUGUUCACCAGGACUGGCCAGACAUUUACCUCCAAACUGUGACACAGGAGACUACCCUGAUUCACAACCAGCCAUUAGGCCCAUCCCCCUAUCAAAGAACAGGCCUGAACAACCUGCUCAAGGGAGGAUGACAGGAUCACAACCAACAUUCAGGCCAGGUGUGCCUUUAAGGUCCAGUCUUCUUCUUAAGAAUAACAUAGUUCUGACGUAUGGGAAAGGUGACAACUAUGUGAAAAAGAAAGUGGUGUGAUAUUGAGUGUUUACUUGAUCAUCCAGACUUUCCCUUUAGGUCCUCACACAGUGGGAAGAAACAUGCUUGGCAGAGCCAAAAACGGCCUGAGACCUAGGCCUUGGGAGCUAUCCCUAAGGGCCUGGUGUUUUAGGAGUGAAAAAGAGCUCUUUCUCUAAACCCAGGAAUAUGUUUGGGAGAACUGGUAAUGGGUGUAGGCCCAGGGCUUUAUGGGGUAGUGGUUGCUUCAAAUCCUGAGAACCCAAUAUUUCCUACCAGGGAGGAGGGUGAGAGCUUUCCUGCUUCAACAGUAAUAGAGAUUAGUAAUGUGGAGUCUGGUAAUCAAGUUUAGAUGAUCCACAAAUGUCCUGACUGGCCACUUCUUAGUGCCCAUGGAACAGAACAAUCAAGAAUCUGGACAAAGGACUGAACUUAUCAUGAAAUCCAAUUACUGUAGUUAUACUAAUGCAACCCAAAUAGAAGAUCUGGGUAAAAUGGUGUGGUCCUGACUUAACAGUCAUCCUGACACAUCUGUUAUUUUCCUGGUUUAAGAUGUAUGGCCUCCAAGAAAGAAGACAUGAGUAAUCCUUGGUUUGCUCUCAUAUAAAUCCCUAGUCUCUGGAACAUAUGGCCAAAAAUUAUGUUUCAACAUAUCAAAAUAAUUCUUCAAGAUUAUAACUACAUCAUGUCCAUAAUCUCUUUCCUCACUCCAAGCCAUAUUAUUGACCACCUACAGUUUUCUAUUUCAUGGCCUAUUUAUAUUUCACAACAGUUGCACAGUAACAACAGUUACUGUUUGAAUGUGACCUGUGUUUGGCUGCAGGACUUCCCAGCUAUGAGGCAAAGAGUCGGCUGCACUGGAAAUCAGUGUGUAAUGGAAUUUGUACACAAACGACCGUGUGCCUUGGAAAAGGGACAGGAAGCGCUCUUGGAGACUGGAAGCAUUUCUAGUAAAAUACAAAUUUCAAAGACUAGGGCCCUGUCUGUCCCUAGGAUGGAUGGGCAACAUUGGGAGGACCACUGCUGUCUGUGUCCUUUGAUUUCUGAUCACCCAGGAGGGGUGCUGCUAUAGUCCUGAGUCCCAGCUGGGUGGCCUUAACUAAUGUGGGACCCUGGGAAGGCAUAGCAAUUAGGAGUACCAGUGGGAGAGAGCUUGCAGAUUCUUUCCAGAAUUCUCCUCUGGCUGUGUUGUAGGCAGCUGUGAGGUAGACGACAAACCAUGCCGUGGUGAAUGUGAGGACAUCUGACCCUAGAAGAAGAGAAGCAGUUCUGCUGAGUGAUCAAAAGUGGUCUCCAAAACACUGAACUUGGAAUAAUGGAGAGUUGGAUCCCCCAAAAUGCAGUGACCUAUAAUGAUGUACAUGUCGACUUCACUUGGGAAGAGUGGGCUUUGCUGGAUCCUUCCCAGAAGAAUCUCUACAAAGAUGUGAUGCUAGAGACCUACAGGAACCUCAUUACCAUAGGAUACAGUUGGGAAGACCAUAAUAUUGAAGAACAUUUUCAGAGUUCUAGAAGACAUGAAAGGCAUGAAAGAAGUGAUAAUGAAGAGAAUUCUUCUGUAUAUACUCAGUGUGUUAAAGCCUUUGUAUAUGACAGUCAUAUUCAAAGGUAUGAAAGAACACAUACUAGAGAGAAACACUAUGAAUGUAAUCAGUGUGGUAAAGCCUUUGCACAUCACAGUAAUCUUCAAAGCCAUACAAGAACACAUACUGGAGAGAAACCUUAUGAAUGUAUUCAAUGUGGUAAAGCCUUUGCACAACAAAGAUAUCUUCAACGUCAUACAAGAACACAUACGGGAGAGAAACCCUAUGAAUGUAUUGAAUGUGGUAAAGCCUUUGCAAGUCAUAGUGUUCUUCGAAAGCAUAAAAGAACACAUACUGGAGAGAAACCCUAUAAAUGUAAUCAGUGUGGUAAAGCCUUUACACAACAGGGUAAUCUUCAAAUUCAUAAAAGAACACAUACUGGAGAGAAACCCUAUGAAUGCCAUCAGUGUGGUAAAGCCUUUACACAACAGGGUAAUCUUCAGACUCAUAAAAGAACACAUACCGGAGAGAAACCCUAAAAAAAUGUAAUCAUUGUGGUGAACCCUUUGCAUACAUCAGUAAUCUUCAAAAUCAUGGAAAAAAGUCAUGCUGCAGAGAAACUAAAAAUAUAGACAAUGUGGUAAUGUUUUGCACUUUAUGCAGUAGUAAAACUUUGUGUGCAAUCAAUAUACUAAAGGCUUUGCAUAUUACAAUAGUCUUUGAGUACCUUUUAAAAUACACAGGGAUUAUUAUUAUAAAGUAUUUGGUAAGAUCUUUAUCUAACACACUUGCAUUCAGUUACAUAAGAGUAUUUAUUCUAUAGAAAAAAAUUUGACAAUGUUAGCCAUCUAUAGAGCUUUAUGAUGUCCUUUUUUAUAUUGUUUUCCCUGAAAACUCAUUGAAGGAAUCAAUUUAGGAAUUUAUGAAGCCCUAUGUGUUGGGUAAAGGGGCCAGCUAAAGGAACACAUGGGAGCCUGAAAGCAGAGCCAGUGAAAAACAUACACUUUGGCCUGAACCCAGAGCCAAAGAAACACACUGUAUGCCUGACCAAAUGAGCACAAAACAAGUAAAUCCCUGGCAGGAAAAUCAACCAAUCCCUGAUGACAAAACUAGCCAAUCACUAAACAGUAAUUUCAGCCAAUCUCUGAGCUUGGUUGAUCUCUGGGAUUGAAAUCUGAUCAAUUCCCACCCUUAGAAUCUUUUCUCUGUAAAAAUUCAGCCCCUAAGAAGGCUCAUAAAUGCCCUGUUCCUGUUCAGUUGGCAGCUGCCCUUUUCCACUCUGCCAGAGGCAGCCACUCUCCUGGAUUCCUCCCUCCUAAAUAGUUUUGGGUGAAGACCUUUCACCAGAGCAGAGCAGUAUCUCUGCUGGGAAUCUCCCUAAUGGAACAGUGCAGAGAAGCAAUGGACAUCUCUGAUGAGAAACUCCCUAGUGUAGUGGAACAGUGAAACAAGGGACACUUCUUCUGGGAAACUAGAUUAGGGGAGCAGAGAAGAUGUGGCAACUUUUCACCAGAGCUAGAGCACACUGCCACAUUUCUGCAAGAGUUCCCCAUUAGUUGAGUGAGGCAGAGAAGUAACAACUGGUCCAGGGCUGAGAAGAAAUGGAAAACUCUGCUAGGAAAGUCCCUAGUGAAGCAGUAGAAACUGUGAUGCUAAACUCCCUUAGGAGAGUGGAUCAGAGCAGCAAUUGGUAUCUCCCCUCGGCAUCUCUCUUAGCAGAGUGAAGCAGAGCCCAAGUGUAAUGGAUCUCUCUCAGAGAAGAGCAGUAUUAGUAUGUCCUGGAGGGAGACCAUUCCCCCCACCAGAACAUAGCUUCUGGUAUAGCCUGACUUCCCACCAAUCAGUAUUCCUUUCUCCUCACAGCUGUAGGUAUCCAUAAUACCUUCCCUUCACAGCUGUAGGUAUAGCCUGAUUUGUGACAUUCAGGGUACCUUUGUCUUCAGAGCUGUAAGUAUCCAGGAUAUCUUCCCUCUACAGUUUCAGGUAUAGUCUGACUUCCCAAUAGCCAGUAUACUUUCUCCACACAGUUGUAGAUAUCCAGGAUUUCUUUUGUUCACAGCUGUAGGUAUAGCCUGACUUCUUAACAGUCAGGAUAUUUUUCCUCACAGCUGUAGAUAUCCAGGGUAUUUUUCUUUCACAGCUGUAGGUACAGCCAGACUUCCAACAGCCAUGGUACCUUUCUCUCCAGAGCUGGAACUCUCAUACUAUAAAUUUAGAUGUUAAUGUAACUCUUUUAGAUUUUAUAUUUCCUUUAAUUACAUGAAAUAAUUAAUGCAGGACUAAAACUAUGGAUUGGUGUAAGUUCCUUUUCUGUUAUUGUGAUAUAAUAUCUAUGUCAACUUAUAAAAGAGUUAAAUUUGACUCUUGGUUCCAGAGGGAUACCAAUUGGCAUGGCAACAAAUGCCAGACAUAGCAGCUAAAGCAGGAGGCUAAGAAUUUACAUCCUUAACCUGCAGCAUGAAGUAGAGAGUGGAAACUGGAAAUGGUGUAUGAUGCAAAUUCUCAAAGUCUACCCCUACUGACAUAUUUCCCCCAGCAGGGCAGCAUUUCCUAAAUCUUCCCAAAUGAUACCACCAACUUACAAGGGUUGAUUUCUCUGACUUCAAGUCUACAUGUUUGUUUUCUGUUACAUGAUCCAAUUCAUGAUUAAGAAAAAACUCUGUAAGUAAACUGUUAGAUACCUCAACACCUGUGUUAUAGGAAUAAAUGCUUAGAAGAGAAAAAAUUAUCAGUGAAAAUUUGUUUACAGAGUUGUUUUAAUUUUAAUUAUGUGAUAUGAUGUGUGUUUGUGUAUGUAUGUGAAUGUGCAUACUGGUUCCUGAGAAUGUUUAGAUCCUUGGAUCUUUUUUAGGAUGAAUUACAGGAAGUUGUCAAAAAUUAGUACUUGGUCCUGUGAAUGAACUUUCUUAACUGUUCAGCCAUGUCUCUAGCCCUGUAAAUAUUUUAAAGCCUAUUUAUAUAAUUUUGAAAUCAGGAAAUAGGGACAAACUCAUGCAAGAGAAAAACCCUAUUUAUGUAAACCAUUUGGUAAAAACUUUAGAAAUCAAAUUUGUCUUAAGAUUAGGGAAAAUUUGUUUUAUUUCUUUUUCAUUGUAUCCUUAAAAGUAGUAAAUUACUUACCUUGUCCACUCAAACUGAUGAUGGUGAUCCCUGCAUUGUAGUUUCUAUUUUGAAAAUUUUGAGGUAGAUACUAAAGUGUGCUAUAUGUGUGGCAAAUCCAUCUAGUGAAGCUUAUUUUGUGGUCCUUAUAUUUCUUCUGUGGCUUUUGUUGAUCCUCUAUUGUGCUUUUAUUUAGUGAUGGGUAUUUUUCUGCUAUGAUGUAUGUAGGAUCCCCAUCAUCUAAAUGUUCCAUUGUUUAUUUAAAUAUCACACAGUGUGUGAUCAUAUUUUUUAAGUAACAGUAUCUGUGAAAGGAUGGUGGGUUGUUGUUCCUUGUUUUGCUUUUCAUAUUUUCACAAAUUCCCUUGAGAUUUUGUUGUUUCUUAUUCAGCCUGGCUUGGAUAUCAAUAAUGAUUCAAGGAUAAAUUUGAACUCAUGAUCCUCAUGUGUCCACCUCCUAAGUACAAGUCCAAGAGUAGAUGAUGUACUCCCAAUAUUGCUGUUUUGUCAACACUAUUGAAUAAUGUUAAUGUUAAAGUGCUUAAUAGAAGAGAAUAUAAUAAACAUUAAACACCUCA